GUGUGAUUCAUUUAUUUUGCUCAGUAUGUAGUCAGCAUUGAAAUCUCUAAAAAUGACUUAUAUUUAGGAACGGAUGGAGUAUGAACCAAGUGCUACUCAGGCCUGAAAUGUUUCUAGUACCAUCGCGCAACGGCGGACCGGUUGACGGCAACGAACAUACUACUCAGGUCCCGACUGGCUCGCGUGAAACUAGGCGAGAAACGUUGAUCAUCGAUAGCAAUGGGAAUUCACGGUUGGGCGGUAACAGUGAGCUCUUCUACUGCCCCAUGUGCAUAACGACGGCGCCCAUCGUCCACAAAUCCAGCUUCGGCUCGUGCGACCACCACGCCUUCUGCUCCAACUGUGUCGCCAAGUACGUCGCUAUGAGGCAGCGCGAGGGCGUUGCUCUUCCCGUCGAAUGCCCCGACUGUGAGGACGAAGACGGCCUCCUCCCCAUGCCCGCCACAGUCGCCGAUGGCAAUGAAGAUUCGCCGGCGGACGGCGACGACGGACUGCGCCGCCGAGCCGGAAAGAUGCCGCAACAUCAGCCCCCCGUGGACAUGGUUCUGUUCACCGAGGGCAAUGGAGAUUCGCCGGUCGACGGCGACGGCGAGCUCUUCGACUGCGCCAUCUGCAUGGAGACGGUGCCCGGCGCCCUCAAGUUCAUCAUCAACUCGUGCGGCCACGCCUUCUGCUCCAGCUGCGUCGCCCAGUACGUGGCCGCGAAGCUGGACGACAAUGUAUGUCCCAUCGAAUGCCCGCAGCCAGGCUGCCAGGACGGCACCAUCGAGCCGGAGAGAUGCCACAGCAUCAUCCCCACGGACCUCCUCGACAAGUGGGGUUUGCUGCUGUGCGAGCUCGCGAUCGGCGCGAAGAGGAUGUACUGCCCGUACCCGGAAUGCUCGGCGCUCUUGCUCGCCGACGACGAGGCCGGGGCGGCGGCCAUCGCGGAGGCGGAGUGCCCGCACUGCCACCGGCUUUUCUGCGCCCGGUGCGCCGUGCCGUGGCACGUCGGCUUCGGGUGCCUGGAGUUCCAGAAGCUCGGGCAGGACGAGCGCGGCCGGGAGGACCUCUUGCUCCGGCGUCUCGUCGGCAGGGAGGGGUGGCAGAGGUGCCCCGAGUGCCAGAUGUUCGUGGAGAAAUCCGAAGGGUGCAAUUACAUCAAAUGCAGGUGUGGAUACAGCUUCUGCUACCGAUGUGCAUCCGAGUUGUCCGCGCAAAACCAUCACUGCAACAACUGCAAGCCCUAAUAACGGUUUGGUUGGCUAUGGAGGGACGGUUCUUCAACUGCCACAUGAGUUCAUCUCGGCCAUGCAUGUUUCCUCAAGCCUUUAUCGAAAAAAAAAAGAGUUUGCUCAAGCCAAAAUGGAAAUCUAGUCACGA